UCUCUGCUGCAGCCAGGGAAGUCAAACCCUGCACAGUCGUGUUACAUGGAUGAGCCCGAGUUAUGUUACCCAGUAAUAACAUAUUUUAAUGCGCUUUGAUUUUGGGGUUAGUUGUGGAAAAUGCUGGAGCGUCACCUUCGACCACAACUAUAUCUAUAACAUCAAACAACAAUGCAAAUUAGCGUCAGAGUUUGUUGCUACCGUUUCAGCCAGGUUUGCUCCUGACUGAGGUGUACCAUCAUGGACAACAAACACACCACCGAUGAAUGAACCUAACGCCGCUCAAGCUUUUAAUAGUAUGGCAAAGAAUGAAAACAGAGAAGUCUAAAUCGAGGUUGUAAUCAGCUCUCAUUGCUCUGCUACUACACUAAUGGGGACCUAAGACCAAUCGCUGGAUUUCUUUAUUGAAGCUGGACAGUGAAUAUAAGCUGCCAUGCGAAUCACUUUCUGCCAGGGCCUUUUAUCUGGCGCCAUCAUCCUCAACCUCCUCAUUCUCUAUUACGUGUCCCGGGCCCAGCAGCAAAUGAUGGAGAAGAGGAAGGAACUUGGUAGGGGUACAAGGAGGGCUGCGCUACCUGCCUCUGGUGUCAUGGGAGGCCUCGGGCUACUUGCAGGAGCUGGGGCUGAACCUGGGGGGGUGGGAGUGGACGGACACAACCGUGGCCCACGUGUGACUGUUCUUCUCAGGGAGUUUGAAAAUUUUGAAAAUUACGUUGGAGACGUGGCUAAUUCCUUCCUUCAUCAGAGGCCGGAGAUUCCCUUCCUUGCUGUGGCUGACACAUCUCCGUACCCUCCUCUGGUGCUUUCAGAGGGGGCUCGACUUCUGGUACUUUCCCCCAGCCCAGACCAGCCUCCACAGGCCCACAGGCCGGAGUUCCACAUCCAGACAGAGUUUGUUCUGCUGGUGCCCGAUGGGGUGGAACUCGAGCAACCUCGGGCUAUUGAGAGGCUGAUCAGGGAGCUGGAAGGGGAGGGUGGAGGGCCUGUGAGGCUGGUAGCUGCACCAGUCCUGACUCGGUCAGCUGUGCACUGUCUCCACCUGAGGGUGAACCUCAGAGAGUGGACCGCUACCUACUCACCAGCUGCAUCAGGGAGCAGUGGGAGUGUGUGUACAGCUUUACAAGGAGAUGCAGUUGUCCUAAUUCGCGCCGAGGAUCUCUUUAACCUCUCUGUCCCUUUGGCCCGGCCCCUCUUUUCAUCACUCUUCACUCAGACUGCCUUGAGAGGCUGGAAGGUCAAGCUGCUGGAGAGCCCGUGUUUUUCUGCAAACCACCGUCCCCUUUUCAGCUCCGCUCACAACCAGUGGAAGGCUGACACUCGACUCAAGGAGGCCACUGGGAAGCUCAUGAGGAGCUUUGGCCUGAAACGUCUCCUGCUGUCUGAUGGAAAGGAACAGUGGUAUGGCUGCAGCAAAGAGACGCCUCGUUGCUUUGGCACCGUGCAGGACGACACUCCAGAAUACCUUUACCUUGAUCGCUGGACACCUCCCUGCUGCCUGCGAGCACUCAGGGAAACCACCAAGUAUGUCAUCAAUAUCCUUGAGAGCUCAGGUGUGCGCUACUGGCUCGAGGGUGGGACUCUGCUUGGUGCUGUCCGCCAUCAAGACAUCAUCCCUUGGGAUUAUGAUGUAGAUCUGGGCAUCUAUCUGGAAGAUAUACCCAACUGUGAUCACCUGAAAAACGUGGACUCAGGCUCUCUUGUGGAUGCUAACGGCUACGUCUGGGAGCGUGCUGUGGAAGGAGACUUCUACAGAGUACAGUACAGUGAGGCUAACCACCUACAUGUUGACCUGUGGCCGUUCUAUCCACGUAACGGUGUCAUGACAAAGGACACAUGGACAGAGCACAAACAAGAUGUGGAGUUCCCUGAGCACUUCCUGCAGCCACUGGUACCAAUGACCUUUGCUGGCAUCACUGCCUACGGUCCCAACAACCCCCGAGCUUUCUUAGAGCUCAAGUUUGGAGAGGGAGUGAUUGAGAAUCCCCAGUACCCCAACCCUUUAAAAAAGAGGCUGGACAGAAGCAAAUUAUGAGAUUCACUAGUCUCUGCACAUUGUUGUGUUAACACAAGAAACUCACCUGGAAGGAAGAAACCUGUAAAACUGAAACAUUUCUGGAUCACCAGAAAUCACAACUGGUUUUUCAAAUUGUGACAUCUAACGAGUCACAGCCUUUUCAUUUCCUGUGAGUGGUGAGAAGUAAAAAAGACUCUUACAUGAGUGCAACAACAUCAGACAUACCUCAGACAGAGACUAUGUGGCAUACUAAAUCUGUAUAUGGCAUACUUUAAUUUAUAAAUAUGACUGCUACGGCCGCAACUAACGAUUAUUUUCAUGUUUGAUUAAUCUCUGGGGUUAAUUUUUUCAUCGACUUUAAAAUGAUGAUGUUCCCAAAUUUCUUGUUUUGGCAAUAAUCCAAAGUGAAUUCAGUUUGAAUGAUUUCUUUGUUAUCUGAAAAAAAAUGUCUAAAAAAACCCCACUAAAAUCGAUUGGCAGAAACAGUUGAUCAUUCAUUUAUUAAUUGAAAUAAUAAUCAAUAAUUGCUGCAGAUGACGACUCUAAAGACGAAACUAUUAAAAGACAUGGUCUUAAGCAGGAUUUAAAGUACGUAUUUAAGGUAUAUUGUACAUCAUUGUCUGUGAAUGUAAACUGUUACAAUUAUUGACUGUGCUGCAUUGUUUUGCACUGUUUUUGUUUGGUUUUUUUCAUGUUCAGCUUUGUACUGUCAUUGAAUGACUGGUGCAUAUGUAGAUGCUGUUUGGUACCUGACAUCUAUAAUGCAAUGAGUAACUUACAGUGUGGUGAAAUUGAACCUGUUGGUGAGGUGAGGAUGACAUGUUACUCCACCAGGCUUUAAUAUUUAACUGAAUUUGUGAAAUAAUAAUUAACCUCACGCGUUACUACUGAGCACUUAUUAUGGAUCGACUGAGCUGCAAAUUCAUUUCAGUAAAUUAUUGGAGGAGACAAAGACACACCAGCACCACAUGACUCAUAUAGUGUUGUUACCUGUGCAAGAUCAUUUCAUCGUAAAAUCGGUUUCAUUCAACAACUGUACAUUUGUUGCCAAAACUGAAGUAACUAGGUGCUGUGACUGUUCUUGGACACCAGGUGGCGCCGCACACCAUUGUAUCUGCCUCAGGUUUCAUCACAGCGAUGUUGUAAACGACUUUUCUUCGCCCACUCAAGAAAACUGCUUUUGCAAUGUUGACAGUGUUUUACAUUGGUCUUCCCAACAGCGCUGUGUCCAAUGCAGCUGCUGUAUUGUCAGAGGCAACAACAUAAAAGGACCUCAGCAUAUUUGAAACCAGUUUCUCCUCUUUGGUUUUACUGCAGAGCAGCACCUUAGACGACUGAGAUUAAAACAAAGAGAGAUCCCCAACACUGCACAGAAGACCGACCAUGAAUAUUAAAAUGUACAAUCAUGCACUGACCGACCCUUUUAUCAAAAGUUCUGCUUUCGCCUACACCACAUCUAUCCAAGUUUAGUGUAUUUGUUUUUUUUGUGCGCUUGUGUGUGAUCUUGACAAUUAAACAUGGUGUGAAAACAUGACCUACGUGGUGGAGGCGAUAAAAGGCCUUUAUUGUUAAAAACCUACAGACAGUACAUUAAGAAUGUGACUUCAACCCCCACUGUAACAAAAUCAUUACAACUACCAUGCACUCACUCACACACACACACACACACACACACACAGAACGGAAAACAUACAUCCAUAUAGGCAAAUAUCUCAAAGAGGAAUGAUAACAAUUUAAAUGACCAUCUUUAAAACCCUGCACCGUAACCGCAACAAAAACAAGCUGGAGCACAAUAGAUGUUUUUUGGGCAAUGCUUAACGCACUCAUGACACUUGAGGGGAGAAAUGACACGUUAGGUUUGCAAUGAAAUAACGGGAAAAUAAUACUACCAGUAAAAUAUAAAACGGUUUUAAAAAAAUAAAACACUGAAAAAGACUCACUGCACGUAGGAUUUAAUCUCACAUCAGUUCUGUGCAGUUAAAGACGACAGGGAUGGAAGAGACAAACCAUCAAUAGUGCAGGUUUACUAUUAACCAUUUAGAAAUGCAGCAUCUCUCAAGCAUAACCAACAUAGAACAUAUUCUCUUGUGUCUUUAUACAUCCAUCCUCUACUGCUUUAUCCUCCACAUGAGUCUCCAAUCUCAGUUGACAGGUCAAAAGGACAGAUGGACAGAUCACCAGUCCAUCGCAGGGACACAUAGAGACAAACAACCAUUCACUGUCACACUCACACCUACGGUCAAUUUAGAGAUCUUGAUAUUUUUUAACGCCGAAGUCCAAUCAAUCGGACUAUUGUCUUACUCACACGUUAAAAAUAAGAUGGAGGGGAAAACAGGCCAUUAUAAGACUCCAAAAAAAACACUUUUUCAGUUACUAAUGUGUCAACAGUGACCAAAAAACAUCUUUGGAAUUCGAUUAGAGAAAUAAAUACAAAUUAUUAUGAACAGAUCAUUUCAAAGACAAACAUACAAGGCGGCCUAACGCCAUUUUGGUUACACUUCUUAAAACCGUGUCAAACCAAAGUUAACCAACCUUGUUCCUGCUGGAUUUUUUGGUUCCUUAAAUUUUAAGAAGCAAAUGAAGGACAGCCUUCAAGCAAGAGGUGAACCUGAGGUCAUGUUGUAACCUGAUGUCUGUGUGAAGAAGCAGAAGAAAAUGCUCCGACAUCAAAUUGUGCGAGUCCUUAAGAAAGAGUCCUACAUUCAUCUUUGGGAUGCCAUUAAGGAUAUUUGGUGUGCUUUGUCGUAUAAAUAUAAUCUUAAGUGUAUUGCUUUUUCUCACCAUGAGAAAGUGAUUGUGUACAACCACUGGCCUGGAAUAAGUAAAGUCACAAUAAGAGACUAAUAAAAGCUUUUAACCCCAACCAA